UCGUGUCUGUAUGUACAGGUGGAGCUCGAGGAGCCACUUCCUGUCACAGAGCAGAUCUCGAGCUUCACUGAAGUCACGGUGUCACUCACACACACACACACACACACACACUCGUGCGUCUCGAACCUGCGGCCCAUCAGACGACAGACAGACAGACAGACGGAGGGAUAAUGAUGGCGUGGAGAGGAGCGUCGGCCGUGGUCAUCCUGCUGUCCAUCACACCUGCUUCAGCAUCUUCGUAUUACGACCCUAAUUACUGUUAUAUCCUGGAUGCAUUUCUGCUGCUGUACGGCAUCAUCAUCACUGCCUUCUUCGUGCGUGAGCGAUUCGUCAAGAAGAGAAGCAAAGAGGAUCAAGACUCGCUGUAUCAGCCCAUUAACAAGACCGGCCAGUCAGCGUAUGACGUCCUGGGACAGCGCGGGGCUGAGGAGGGUCCGGCCAGAGGGGGUCGCAAGCGAGGAGACGACACUUACACGCCUCUGCAGAGGAAGACUGACGACACGUACCGAGAGAUCGAGGCAAAGCCAGGCCGCCGCCGAACCGAUCAGGUUUAUCAGGGUUUGAGCUCCGUGACCAAAGACACGUAUGAUUCUCUGCACAUGCAGCAGAUUCACCCGCCGCCGCGCUAAACGCUGAUUCAGACCACCAUCAGGAUCACAGUCCACACUCAUUCAUUCCUGUUCUUGCUUUUUAAGCCUUCCAGAUGUUUCUUUUCCUACAGACUCCGGCAUUUAUUCAGUGUUUUUACAGUAACUGUGUUCAGCGUUUCUCCACUUUGUAAAGUAUAGGCUUUCAUAAUGAGCUCACAUCACACGUGUACAGUAGAGUCCGAAGAAAAACCAAUAUUAAACCGAACCUGAUCGAUCGAAGAACAAAUGCUUAACCCUCUAGUAUUGUUCAUUUGGGAGUCACACUUGUGUUGUUCGCCGACCGGAGGCCAUAAUUGUGUACUAAUUAGAUUUUUUUUAGUGCUGUCAAACGAUUAAUCGCGAUUAAUUGCAUCCAAAAUAAAAGUUUUGUUUACAAUAUAUAUUUAUGUGUACUGUGUAUGUUUACUAUGUAUAUAUAAAUACACACACAUACAGUAUAUAUUUAAGAAAAAUAUGUUAAGUUUACAUAUUAAAUAUAUUUAUAUAUGAUAUAAAUUAUAUGAAUAUAAAUAUAUAAAUGUAAAUAUUUUCUAAAUAUAUGCUGUAUGUGUGUGUAUUUAUAUAUAUAAAUACACAUUUCAUGUUAUAAAUAUUCAUAUCUAAA